UCAAGUUUAUCUAUUAUUAAAGCAUUGAUAUUCAACUUUUUUGCUCUCGUAAAUCACUUCAUUUUAAAUCAUCACAUUAUUCAAUGUAAAAAGAAAAUUUAAUCAAUCAGUGGAAAAAUACGCGGAAAUAGCAAAAGCAGUUUUACAUACUGCAAAAAAACCCUCCAUACAACCCUCCAUAAUCCGCUCGACAAAAUUGAUUUUUCAAGCGCACGCAAGUGCUAUCCUUUCCCUUUCCUUUCCACACUUUGUCGAAAACACCUGCGAUUAUCACAUAUGCGCAAUUUUUUACCAUCACGCUAUUGACAAAGUGUACUUUGUUCUCGCUAGGCUAAGUUUAACAUGUCCUGAUUGAAUGUGAACAGUGAGAGGGAUAUAAUCUACUUUAGUACAGAGCCGGUGUACAUACUCUACGAGUUCUCGGAAUCUGAUCGCUAGUAUAUUCAGAUACUUCGAUCAAGAAGAUCCUGACGAUAUCGUCCGCAUUACGCUGAUUCAAGCUCAAUUAUCUUUUGAUCCCUAUGGUCAUCUUUAAGCUCUCGGAAUAUAAGAUCAUAAACAAAAAAUAAUGAUGCUCGUAUGAAGGUGAAAACUUCCUGUUUAUUUUUAUGCUAAAAUUUUUUUUCUUGAUCCAUAGGAACAUCCAGUGAUGUAUUCACGUGCCGAUUGGUGUGUAGUCCAGCAAGACGAUAUAAAAAAAAAACAUAGCGAAAGACCUUGGCUUUCCGGUAUCGUUACCACAGCGAUGUGCUAUCAAGUCAAGAUUGUGAUGAUUCGUCUAGAAAGCCUUGUGCAAAACGUGAAUUUCAAGCAAUGUAUACCAGUUAUCGUGAAACACCACGUGCAAUCAUUGAGGUGAGUGUUUGUUGCAUAUCGCGAAAAGAAUUGCAUGUCUGUAUCAACUAUUGCAGAUCGGAUUAUUUAAAUUUGAAAUUUAUAUGAGUAACAGAUGAAUACACUUAAACAAAAAAAUAAAAAAUUUUUUAAUUUUUAUAUAUGUAAUAUUACGAACUUUAUAAAUAAAAAAUAAUACUAAUUUAGCUUGUAUUCGCAGAAUGCUACCUUACAAAAAUAGAAAAAUAUUUAUAGAUGUAGCAAUAAUAUAGAAACGUAACAGAAAAAGGGAUACAAUCUUUUAAUAAUAACAUCCUGUACACUUGUUUUUUGUCUUUGAAAGAAUUAAAAGUACCACGAAGAGAAGUUUAUCUCGAAAUCGAUUCCCCGCAAGAGAUGGUGCGUUUUUACGUCGUUGCUAGCGUCCCUAACAAAAACACUUCACACAAUGUUAAUCGCGCACAGACUAUACAGAGACUAUACAUUAGCCUUUAUAUCGCGCAGACAAAAGGAUAUCCUACAAUUCGAGCGCAAGCGCAUGUCUAACGACUUGCAAUCAAUGCCGCGCGUCUACCUCGUCCAGUCUUUAACAGUCGCUGUGAUCGCGAACAUGCCAAGUACGCGCGAUGAAAAGGAUCCCACUUAUCAGCGAGACAUUCGAUAUGUCUUUAAGCUGAACAAAUGGAUUCUGGGCUCGAUCGGCAUCUGGCCAGUCUCGAUUCGAGGCAUCGGACGGUACGCGUCCAAGAUCGCGAUCGCGCUCGGUAAUCUCGCGUUAAGUUUCGCGAUAGUGCCGUGCGCCUUGCACAUUGUCUACGACGAGAAGGAUAUCAUCAUGAGACUGAAGCUAAGCGGCCUGCUGGCUUUCUGUCUCGUCUCGAUGAUCAAAUAUUGCAUUCUCGCGAUACGUCGCCCUAAGAUACUGCGCUGUAUCGAAUACGUAAAGAAUGAUUGGUGGCAGGCGACGUUCGGAUCCGACCGGGAAUUGAUGCUAAAGUACGCUACCCUCGGUCGUAAUUUAACGAUAAUUAGCGCAUCCUUCAUGUACACUGGCGGCAUUAUUUAUUACAUGAUUCUGAUUCCGUUCUUUUCCGAGAACAAGAUCAACAAUCGAACGGUCAGACCACUCGUAUAUCCGACAUUUAGUAAAUUUCGCCAAUCCCAGAUAAGCCCGAUAUACGAAAUUGUAUAUGUGGUUCACUGCAUGUGCGGAUAUACCACAUAUUCGAUAACAGCCGGUGCAUGCGGAUUGGCCGCUGUGUUCGUUACUCAUGCGUGCGGUCAGAUCCAAGUGAUUGUAUCGCGAUUGGAAGCUCUCUUAAAUGGCGAAAAUCCGAACAUUCAUCAACGAAUCGCUGUCAUCGUGAAGGAUCACGUCCGCAUAAUGAGGUUUUCAGUCGUGGUGGAGGAAAUUUUACAAGAAGUAUGUUUAGUGGAGUUCUCUAGCUCUGUAUGCACGAUAUGUCUACUCGAAUACUACUGUAUAGUGGAUUGGCAAGACGACAAUAAGCUUAGCUUAGCAAAUUACUUUUUACUCUUUGUUUCAUUCUGCUUUAAUAUAUACAUGUUAUGCUAUAUUGGGGAGCUUCUCAUAGAAAAGAGCAGUCAAAUUGGAUCGAUGUGCUAUAUGAUCAAUUGGUAUCAAUUAUCGCCAAGAUCAGUUCGCAGUCUUAUAUUAAUAAUCGCUAUGUCCAGCCAUCCCAUAAAACUUAGUGCUGGUAGAAUGGUAGAUUUGUCAUUAACAACUUUUGGAACUGUAAGCCAUUACGUGUAUUUGUUAAUUUUAACUAAUACGAGUAUGUGUUCAGUCUUCAAUUUUAAAGCAACACUUACAAUAAUUUUAUGGAAAAAAUUAAUAUCUCCAGAAUUAUAUAUUAUUUUAAUAAUAUUCUUGUAUAAGAAAUUUCAUUUUAUUUUAAAAAUUAUAAAAAACUGAAUCACUGUUAAAGGAACACUAUGUUUUAAUAUGAUUUUUAGGUACUGAAAACUAGUGUGGCAUAUCUGAGCUUCCUACGGACAUUAGUUAUGUAAAUAUGACUGCAAUUUUGUGGCAUAAUUAAAAAAAACUAUUUUAAAUUUAAUAUAGCUAAUAUAUUUAGUGUAGAAUCUUAGUAUAUACAAUAAUCUUAGUAUAUAUAACAAUAUUAUCUCAAUAUCAAAUAGCUACAUAAUCACAUUUUUUUCUUAAUUAUGUCGUUGAGCCAAACGUGCACAAACUUUUAAUCUCUUAAUUUUUUUCAAUGCUUAUUAACAAUUUAAUUUAAUUCUGAGUUAAAUAAAGCAAAAAAUUUUAAAUA